AUUAUUGGCGACUCUUGGAACGUCUUGUUCACGAAAAAACAUCACAAACACAGAAGAAAGAAAAAUCGCAAACCAUAGCCACAAAAUAAUAAGAACAAGAUUCACACAUAACACAAACACUUUUCAUCCAAUUCAAAAAAGAAAAAAAAAAAGAAUGUCUCGUUAUCGUUCUUUGAAUCCCUUCGCAAUAACUCACUCCGAUUCUGGUUCCGAUUCUGACGUUGACUCACUGAGUCAUUUCGUCACCGACCUCUUCGAAAAUCGUUCCCCCGCCGAUCCGGUUUGUCCCUGGGAUGACGACGGUGAUGAAGAUGAUGAUGAAAGUGACGUGAACCCUUUCUCGGGGUUUGCUUGCGAUCAAGUGGGUGGUGGUAAUUCCACUGGGAUUAGGGUUGUUGGGUUUGGUUCCGAUUCGGAAUCGAGUGGGCAUGAUGAAGAAUUUGGUUUUGAGGGAAGAAAUGAUUGGGAUGAUGAUGAGAGGGUUGGUGGAUUGUGUUGGGAUAGUCUUUGUUUGGAGGAUCAUAGGAGUAUUUUGAAUGAUUGGGAGGAAGUGGGUGAGGAGAGGGUGAAUGAGAUUGAAGAUUCUUCUAGUUUGUUGAUUGGUGAGGUUGAGGUUGAGGUUGAUGAAGUUGAUGAUGUUGAUGAUCAAUCGGUAGCGUCUGGGUUCGAGGAGGAUGAAGAGGAACAAGGGGAAGAGGCUUUGCGGUAUUUGGAAUGGGAGAUUCUAUUGGCUUUUAACAAUUUCGAGAGGAGUGGUGGAUUGGAACAUGAUGACGAGAAUAUUAAUAAUUUGUAUUUAGCUGUUCAGGAAGGUUUUAUUUCGGGGAAUGCUGAUUAUGAUAUUCUUUUCAGUCAGUUAUUGGAGAACGAGAGUGGUUUGAAGGGUAGUCCACCGGCGGCGAAGAGUUUUGUGGAGAAUCUCCCUUUGGUGGAAUUGACUGAGGAGGAGUUGAAAAAGAAGGAUGUUAUGUGUGCCAUUUGUAAAGAUGAGGUAAUGGCGGAAGAGAAGGUGAGGAAGCUGCCUUGCUCACAUUGUUACCAUGGAGAUUGUAUUUUGCCGUGGUUGAAUAUUCGCAACACGUGUCCUGUUUGUCGGUUCGAGUUGCCAACUGAUGAUGCUGAUUAUGAGCAGAGUAAGGUUCAUAGAAUUGCCCGUGAUCUGUUGGAUUUUGCAGCAUAGAUGUAGUUUUUUUUUUAACUUGUUGCUUUGGUUUUAGUUUAUUCGUUCCCCCAAAAUUAUGUAAAUAGCAGUUGGUUUUGUCUCGUUUAUUCAAAUGAUGAUGAGAACAAAUCUUUUGUAAUUAGUUUUCGUGUUGUGCUCGUUUGAAAUAAGUUUUUACCAUAUAGUGUGCAUUGGAUAUACAUGAGAAAUGGAUGCUGUCAAUACUUAAGUUUAUGUUCAUAAAGGUGAAGUGUUACAAGAUGGAUCAUGUUGAUCAGUUAGUUAGUAUUUCUUUUCAUAAAUUUAUAAUUAUUGUAUUUAGGCAUCUUGGUCCAGAAUCAUAUUGGAUAAAAUGUUGAUCAUCUGUAUAUAUGCCUUAAGGUUAGCUUACCCUUUUUUGAAAGAGUUGCAUUCCUAAAGAAAGGGAAAAUGAUUAUUAGUUAGCGGAAUGGUAUUGUAAGUUUGUAACUUUGUAUAAGUUAACAUGGUUCUUGUUCACCUUGUUUCCCUUUUUUGGGUAAAGGAAGUGUUAUUCUAUGAUUUUCAUUCU